AUGGUUUACGAGACUGCUUUGCGACUUCGCCACAGGGGAGGAGCUUUCCUCCUGCUUCUCCUGAAAAACAUACGGAUGAUUAUUGCUGAGAUUGUUCUUCCGCCCGUGACUGCCGCGGCCAUGCUUUGUUCUGGUCUCCUCUUUUCGUGGCGCGGGGAAAGCCCAAUGCUUUGCCUAAUUUUGAGCAUUGUCAUCUUUCUCAGCGGUCUCUCCUGGACCAUGCUGCUUCUCGCUCUCCUCUACAUCCGCUUAUCUGACUUCUUUUUGCCGUACGCUGGCAUGGGCUUCCCCCGUAGGGCCAAGUUCUACAAAUGGGGCUACACCUGCCUAGGUGGGCUUAUCAUCACGAUCAACUGUGCCGCCGGCUGGCUGCUCGGUUAUUUCGCGAUCCACCAAAAGUUGAAGGAAAAUCUCUCCAAGUGGCAUCUCGCCCUCGGCCUCUGCUAUGGCCUUAUUUUCCUCUGCUCGGGCGCACUUACCUGCUGGCUGGCACGCCUCUUAAUCUGCCACCACAAGGAGUGCAGUCCCCAUUGUGACGGCCUUAGUCGCCGCUGGGCUUGCAAACUCCGCCUCGCUGCUUUGCCCCGGGACGAAAACGAGCUUCCUGUGGACUGGUAUGUGUGCCCCGAACAGAGCGUUGAAACCCCCGUGAACUCGCCCUAG